AUGGAGGCGGCCGCUUAUGAGAAGGAAAAGCAAGCCCUGAACAGGGAGGUCCUGACGCUUAGUCAAAAGCUUUUAGACACCAAGUUUGAAAUCAACAAAUUAGAGGAGAAAAAUAAUCGAUACAAGAAAGACUGUGAUCUAGCUGUUCAACUAUUACAGUGUACGCCAUCGGGAGCGUAUAUGCAACAUAAAGUUAGCCAACUUCCACAAGACCUGCAAUACUAUGUCCACCAAAUCAUGGGUGAGAUCAACAAGGGUGUGUUCCAACCAUCGCCAACAUCUCCUACCGAAUCCAAUAGUAGCCAUCCUCUUCUGUCAAGCUCAGGUACUAGUGUCUCUAAUGGCUUGAUUGCUGCCAGGACCUAUAACUCCGUCCCUGCUCAUGUCGUGGCCCGCGCCAUGCAACGGAGGGAAGAAGAAGAGAAGAAGGAAAUGGAGAAGCUUGUGCCGACCACGAGGAAGCGGAAAACUGGGAAGGAUGGUGGUGUCCUGCUGCACGACAAGGGGACUCAGACGAUCACCAAGCCGACAAUGAAUAAGAAAUACUCCCUGUUGUGUGUGAAAUGUGGCAUGACCAUGAAGGAUGAGGAGGAAUCCUCCGUGGUUUCAGCUGCUGUCGACAAGCCGAAGGAGAAGGAGGAGGAAGGGGUGGAAGAAAAGCCAGAGCCCGAAAAGCAUCUAUUGGUGGAUGUAAGCAUCGAUGAAGAUACGGCUCCACCUCCUGUUAAUCUACUUGAUCUAACGGACACUCCACCUCCACGGGUACCCUAUCCCAAAGGUCCAUCAAACACUAGUCUCCUGCUUGACUUGCUUGAUGGACAGACAGAUGAUGCACCUGAAGCGGAGAAGACAUCCCAGGAGCAGACCCUUGUUGAUUUGUCUGACCUGGUUAUAGGUGUCCCUGAGGAUGUCAGCCAUCCUCCUGUUGAUAGCCCAUUGAGUAAUGCCACUUCCCCUCAGGAUGCUGCAACUCCCGCUGAUUCGGGCAUCUUCGACGAUGUCCUGGCAACCUCCAGUGCAACCACCCAUACCUCUGAUUCAGCUGCUUCCAGUGACAUCGCUUCUCUUGAACCUGAGGCGGAUGCUGCAAUGAACGUGUCAAGACGAAGCACACCAUCCAGACGGUUGGGGUCCGAGGGUGACGGCAGCCCACAGCACAAAGUCAACGGCGGUGGCCAUUCCAGUCCACCACCAUCACACUACAACAGUGACACCGACUCCAAGUCAGCCGACGGGCAACAUGAAGAUCCUCCAAGUCCUCUGCCAAGUCCGGUCAGAACCCCUGUUGAGAAACCGCCGCCAAGGCAUCCGAAGACUUCACCUCCUCCGCCACCUAUGUCGGCACCUCCUCAGACAACAGGUACAUCAACAGCAAUCGUCAAACCCAGAAUCAAUGGACAGAUAAAUGCUGGUGUAAGGCCAGGUAAAUUAGCUAACAAAGAUGGACCAAUGAAAGAAAAGCCAAGACCCAUCGGUAGUGCCUCCACCAACCAAGCUGCACCUAUUGGGAGAUCAAAGGCUUCGUAUAUGCAGACAAGUGUGUGACGCUACGCUAAGUCUGUGUAGAUUAGUAAUGAUAAUGCAUAUUAUAAUGAAUGAAAACAGAAAAAUCAUGAUUGCAAAUAUAGCAACUUCAUGAGAGACAACUCUGAUACUCAUUGCUUGUUUUUUAUACUGCGUAGUUCAGGAUAUCUCGUAUUCGUGUUUAAUGCCACUUUAAAUGUACUUAGAAAACCAAACAAUUCAGGACUCUUUUAACCAUGUACUUCUGAAUGUCAUUUCCAUUCCAAAAUUUAUACAAAUUUUAUUUCCCAAGGAUUCAUAAGGAAACUAUUUUUUGUUACCUUCAUUUGUUUCUAUAUCUUCUGUCUUGAUAAUCUUUAAAAGGCCAUUUAAAUUUGUAGGAAUGGAUUAACAUUGUGUGUAGGUUGACUAUAGGACUAUAGAUGCUUUAAAUUGUGAUUACGACUUCAGAAGGUAAUACUGUAGAAGUAAAUCUUACAAGCAAGCCAAUGCCAUCAUAAUUGUGUCCAUGUUCUGUAAUGAUAAUGAUACGAGAAGUUACAUAUUUAGGAUUCUACAUUUUUGUACAAUACUGCAGAGUGAAAUACUCUGUGAAAAGUUUAAUUAUCACAUGAAUUGAUAUUUCUUUACUUCUCUAUAUUCUUAUGGAUGUUUCAUGAGCAUAUGUUUGAAGGAUUAUUCAUAAAAUGAAGAUGAAUUGUUCGCAGUAAAGUUUUAGGGACAUUCUUAGCAAGAUAAAGUUCCAUCAAUUAUGCAUGCAUUCAAGAUGGAAUGUACUUGAGUGUUUGCUUUGUGACCAAGAUAAACAUGUUAUUUCCUUUCUGUAAUAAUUACUCAGGUAGUCAGUUCAAACUAUGAAUAUAAUCAGGUGACCAUAAUAAAGUACCAACUUAAACAAAAUUAACCAGAAAAACACAUCUAUGAAGAAGCAUCGAGGAUGGAAUAAUUUAGUAAUGCCCUUAUUAUAUGAAACUUUCUAAAAACAUGUUAUAUCUGACAGACUGAAGUGGUAUAUAAAAACCCACUUUUAUAGUCAUUAUUCUGUUAGUUAUGUAGUUUAUUUCCCUUUUCCCAUUUGUCAUGGUUGAGAUAGAGAGAGAUGUAUGUACGGAGCAACUCCUGACUAAAUGUAUUCAAUUAUAUUUAGUCAAAUAGUAAGUGCUUUUACGUCAAUAACUAUACGUAUCUACCUGUUAUGCUAUUUCUUGUUUCUCCCUUUAUCUGUAUCUGUUUAUUUAUUUUUGUUUCCUCUAUUACUCUGUCUCUCUCUUUCCUUUCCCCCUUCCUCCGACUCUCUGCUUGAUGAUAAAUUGCCACAACAUGGACUGUUGAUGCAUCGUCAUUGGAACUGGAGAGAAAGGUCCUCGCAUUCGAAAGAGUGUUCCUUGCCGAGGGCUGCAGGCAAUCAACUUAAUGGAAGUGUCAAAAAGCAUUCUGCGUGCCGUUUUGAUGAAUCGCACGGCCGAUCCACACAGAGAGAAAGCCAGCUUAGAGAAUGCACAGGGAAUUCCUGGGAAACAGUUUCUCUGUAGCAUAACGCAGAUGACAUCGACCGGAAUGUCUCCUGUUCUAUCACCUAUAGCCAUGCAGCCCUGCAUUUUCGUGGAAUGUGUUUAUGGCUCAAACCAAUGUCUAGAGACGUACAGACAUACAUUUCCAUGUGAAUGCAGAAUGGGAAUUUCCUGGUAUAUGUGACUUCCAUUGUGAGGGUUUGACUUGUUGCGUAUGUAUGUGGGAGAGAAAAACGGAUCGACGUUGUCGGUGAAAUGGAGAUACUUCAUUUGUCCUGAAGCAGUGUUCAGGAAUGAUCAAUUACUUUUCUCUCUGAAACCUAAAUGUCAACCCAAAUUUGAGAUGAAAUAUUGUGAGUAGUGGUAGGCAUACAAAAGACAUGAUCACUACUAGUUUCAAUAAGGACAGUUAAGUCUCAUUUUUUUCUGUCUCUCUUCUGAUAUGCUCUUUGUGUGGUACGUAUCAUCUCUGUACUGUAUUCCUAUCCUUCAUCACAUUUCUAUUACCUGUUUCAGUACCCUUCAAUAAAUGCAAGACAAUUUUCUUUUUCAUUCUUUCAUUUGCUCCUAAAAUUGCAAAUGUAUAUCUUGUCAAUAACGAUAGGGAAAUAUGCUGUGAAAAAAAUAUGAAUUUAUUGUGUAUGUUAUGGAUAUGGCGUAUGACAAUUAUGCUAUUAGGUAAUGAAAUAUGAUACUCUUUUCAACGUAUCAGUCAUAGAAACAAGAAAGGAGAGAGAUUUUUUCAUGGUUAUUACAUUGUUAUUUUCGAUGACGUGUUAUACGAUAUAGGAUUCGGAUGAGUUCAUUUUAGCUAUGCAAACAAUGAUUACAAUGCCAAUAAACAUGGAAUUGUUGAAAACAAAGGAGAAUGUGUCUGGAUGGCCAAAUGAUGGAGAGAAGAAUUUUAAUAUUUUUGGUAUUUUGAAAAUUAUGUUGUCAAUUUCUGUACAUAUGAUUGAUUGUAAACUGAUUAUUUAUACUUGGUAGUCUUUCAUUAGUCCAAGGUUUUUAUGCAAAGAAAUUCCUGCACAUUUUAUUUUAAAAGAUACAGAAGGGCACAUUGCCCCUGAAUACUGCAUUAGCAUAGAUUGUGUUUUAAAGUUUAUUUCUCGUCUUUAUUGUCAGUUUACUUCUCCUCUUUAUUGUCAGUUUACAGGCCUCCAUACACCUUACGACUGGUUCACGAUCUGAUUUUGGAACAAAUCACAUUUUGCUUAUAUUCUGAAAAUGCAAAUAAAAAUUAUCUUUUUCAUGUUCAUAUUAACUGAAAGAACUCUAAUAACACAAUUAUGGAUGAUUGCAGGCCUUUAUUUUGGAAUAAACGCCAAUUUGGUAGCCAAUCAUACGAUUGCUAUGACAUCAAACAACUAGAUAUUCAUUUCACUUUUAUUCUUAGAAGGAUGGUAGCAUAGUCCCAGAUCUGAACAAAAGUAUAUUGUACUAUGAUUUAGAACCUUACACAGUAAGAUGUUCCAGGUCUCAAUAUUCACAUCAAAUUUUAUUACAUUUUAUUCCAAAAUCUUGUUGCAGACCAAUGGUAAGGUUUGCGAUAGCCUUAAGGUAUAAUACAAUGAAGCCUGUAUAUGAAGACCAUAUUACGCCAGGGUUACACCAAAACCGAAUUCUCCCAAAUAAAUUUGGACUGAUUCUGCCCGAAUGUGGCCUGAUUUGGAUGGAUUUGGUGGAUUCAGAAACUAUUCAGUCUCUGAUUCGGGAAUCAAAUCAGGAGGAUUUGGAAGUAUUCAUUUCUCCCUUCCCGAAUGUGAGAAAAUUUGGGAGGGAUUUGAGAACAUUUAUGGAGGGAUUCGGCUCGUUUUGAAAUAUUCAAAACCAGCUGAAUACCCUCCAAAAUACUCCCGAAUGUAGCCACGGCAAAUUUCAUUCAGGCCACGUUUGGAUGAAAUUUGGUUGGAUUCUUGGAGGCAUUAGGGCAAUUCUUGGCAAUUGUGCUCCGAUUUAGGACCUUUUCUGGACUGAUUCGCCUCUCAUUUGAUCUAAGAUUAUUCGGGAGAAUUCGUUUUUGGUGUAAUCGUAGCUUUAGGGAAACAAGAGAAGGGGUCUGUAUCGAAAGGUUCCUGUCAUACAUGUUCUAUGGGGGGGAAAUUAGUCAACGAAAUCCAAACUUGAGGUCUAUGUAAACAGGUUGUCACUAGAGCAGGUUAUGCGUUUCAUAAAGCUGUUUGUGAGUUACAAGCGACUUUACGAACGACUGGUGAUUUUUUUUUAGGCGCUGAAGUACAUCAGCGAACAUUGGGUGUAUAUCAUUUACAACAAGAAAAGGAUUACCGGUCUUUCACAAAGUGGCUUGUAUCUUUCAAACAGCCUUAUGAUACACCCACCUGGGGGCCGUUUCAUAGAGCUGUUUGUAAGUUAAGAGCGACUUUAAGAACGACUGGUGAUCCUUUCUUACACGCUAAACCAUCGCCAAUGAACAUUUUCGUAUAUACCAUUUACCACAAAAAAUGAUCACCAGUCAUUCUUAAAGUUGCUCUUAACUUACGAACAGCUUUAUGAAAAGGGCCCCCAGGUUUGAAUAAUAAGGAGCAAGACACAAUCUGGCAUUAUGUGUAUAUAUUUUUGAUUUUUAUAUUAUAAAGACAGUAAAUCAUUAGUUGCAUGUUAUUUAUGUCAAGGUGUAUCUUGAGAUAAACAAAGCAAAUUAGUUUUGAUGUUGUGUGAUAUGUUGUCCCUUAGUUUUGUUCAUGUAUGUAUUCUUUGUCAGGCAUCCUACAUCUAUACAUACAUAAAGGGGUUGGCUGUAGGUGGAGGGAUGAUCACUGUUUAGAGUGAUUUGCUUUGAUUCUAUUCUAUAAAAUGGUAACAUAGAUACUAAUCAACGAUUGGUUGAAUUUAUCACAUGACCAGUCAGUAAUUUUAGCUAACAGGAACAUUAACUAACAACCGGUACUAUUUAUAUUGACUGCCAAUGGUCUUGAGAUGAGUAUUGUUUAUCAGAUAACAAGAAUCCACAUCACAUCUUAUAAAAUAUAUACUAUACAUAAUUUUGCUUAGGCAUUAUAACAAUAACACACACUUGUUACCUUUGAAACAGACCAACGCCCUUGUUUUGUCUCGGGCAUGUUAGAACUGUUCCAAAGCCAAGGUAUAUAAUUCUUACUAAUGACCUUGAUUGGGUGUAUUAUUUGUAUACUACCACCUGCACUAACAAUGUAAUCUACAUGUAUAUCAUCAGACUUGCAUGCUUUGAAUAUCAGUAUUUCAUAAUGCAAUUUCAUGAAAGCAUGAUGAAAUUUACCAAACAAUUGUCUAUGCUAACAGGGAAAAUGUAUUUCAGUAAUCCCCACCAGCAUACAGCUGUUUGAUGAAAAUCAUGAUUCUCAAUUAAAAAAAAAAUCAUGCUCGGCUCUUUUACUUAAGAUUUCAACAAUUCAUUUUGAGCUAUAAUCAGUAAAUUCAGAGAUAUCUUUAAAAUUUACUAAUCACAUUAUUAAUUUAAAUGUAAAAAGUGUCAUAUCUAGCAGAGUUGGAUACAAUUCCAUUUCAGCGGCUGUAUUCUUUGUGCACUAUAGCUGGUCCUUCAAAAGUUUUGGUCCAAUUUGGACCCUGCCUACAUUUGUACUUAAGAUUGCGAUUACUAACACAUAUUUAUAUUCUGAAGAAACAUAACCCUAUUCAUUAUACCAACCAAAGCAACACUAACAGUGUCCUAAUAUAUUGUAAACAUGUUUCUGUAGUACUUAAUCAUAUUUGUGUGUGAAAUUUAUCAUUUACUGUACUUACGUUUGUAUUCAGUUUUGUUUACCCAAGUGUUGAAUAUAUAUAUAUAUAUAUGUAUAUCGGAAAAGAAACAUAAUAGCAGGAUCGUUUAGUUUCAAUUUGAUUGGCAAGAUUGUAUUCCUAUUUUUUUGUUAACAGUGGACAAUAUUUUUGUAUAUAAUUUGAUGACGUAUCAGAGAAUUUUUGUUUUGAAAAUGAAUAACUUCAUAUUGAAAUAUAUGUUUACCAGUCCUUCCAUUGUAUUCACUGGGACUGAAAUAAAUUACGAGUGAGGUGAAUGGGAAUGAGGUCAUAUGGUGAUGAAAUUAUCCUUUCUGAAAAUAGUCAUGUAUAAUAUGUGUUUUUGAUAAAUGUGAAGGGAUACAAAGAAUUGUCAAAUGUCAAGAAGUUACACUAGAAAGUAGAAUAAACAGCGGCUAACCGUUUUCUUUUUUAAUACUACUAACAUCAUGCCGUUAAGAUUUUUAUACUGCUUAAUAAUCAACUUUUAACUAGAAACAUUAGUGGUCAGGAAGUAGAUAGUAGUAAAAUGUAACAUAUUGUUUUUCAUGCAAAGUAAUAACUUUGUUUUGUUUUCAUAUUCAAGAAAUGCAAGUUUUAAUUCUAUCAACAGGUGAUAUAAUACAUGUUUCAUAACAUAUGAUGCCAGUACACGUAGAAUAUAUAUUCUCUUCCCACGUACCACUGUAAAAUAUUACGACCAACAAACCAUAGAUACUAAGGCUCUUGUACUAUUCCUUUCUAAUCAACUAUGUGAUUGUAGGUGUAUAAAUUCAUAUUUCAGAAAGUCAUUGAUCAGCAAAUGUUAUUGUGAAAAACUGUAUGUAUGACAUUUCUGCACAAUAAAAACAUGAAUAAUGUAUAGAUAAACCGUGGACGAAA